UUUCCGUCCCCCCGCGAGCGCGACGCGGGGUGCCCGGCCCGCCGGACGCCCGGCCCGCCGGACAGGUGCUGCCCUUCGAGUCGCCGACUCGGACGCGGAGCCUGACCUCUGCGGUCCUGAUCGGGCCAGUGCGUAUGCGUAGCCGGAGUUUAUCCUGGAGGAGCACGGGCUGCGCAGGUGACUCCGUCCUCUUCAAAUGUCUGAAGGCUCGAGAAGGCUUUGGCUCCGAAGAAUUUCCCAAUCCUGCUGGAAAACCGAUUUCAGAGCUUAGGGUAUAAAACUCAAAACAUGAGCAACCAUAUAUAUAACCACUGUUCAAAGCUGAUUUGGCUAGAACUGGAAUACAGUUGCCUGCAGCAUAUUCCAGAGGAAUUGGAAAAGUCCAAGUGAUGGGUAACAGAAAAGACCCUCCAUUCUUCAAUGAAGAUAACGUGGGACCAUUUUGCUACAGACUUCCUUUUUAUGAUACCAUGGAGCUCUUCAUUGAAACACUGACUGGAACUUGUUUUGAGCUGAGAGUUUCACCCUUUGAAGCUAUUAUUUCGGUGAAAGCGAAAAUUCAAAGAUUGGAAGAUAAUCGCUUAGGUGAAAAAGCAAGACUAGAGGAGUCUGGCAUCACUGAAAUAUCCUUGCACCAGCUUAUGUCUCUGGAGGCUUCUGCUGCAGGUAUUCCCAUCUGUCAGCAGCACUUAAUUUGGAAUAACAUGGAACUUGAAGAUGAUUAUUGCUUGAAUUAUUACAACAUUUCAGAAGGUUGUACCUUGAAGCUGGUUUUGGCUAUGCGCGGUGGACCUAUAAAUACAAGUAGAGUGUUUCCAUUUGUAGUUCCUGUGGAAGAUCCGCUUAAGGAGAUGGCUGAGUACAUGGAGUCCAGCCGAGAUGAGGUCUGGGAGAAGACCUCUUGCAACAAGCAAGUUACACUUUUGGUGUACCAAGAAGGAGAUCAGUUGAAUUUCUUCCGUGUAGUAGACAGGGGAGACGGCACUCUAACACCGUUGUCUGAGUCUUUAAGUAGUGGUUCUGUGUAUAGCUUGUAUGCUGAUGAAGAUGAGGAAAUAGAGCCUUCUCCUUCUGGGCAACAGAUAAUUGAAAAUUCAAUAACUAUGAAUAAGAUGAAGCUGCUGAAGGCUAAGAUGGAGAACAUGAAUCUCAGCAAAAAGCCUAAGAAAGCUGUCAAGGUAAAACCUCGGCCACCCAUAGCUCCUCGACCUUCUAGUAGUUCCACAGCAGCUGCUCGCCAUAGAUUGUUAAGAGUUCUUCCCCACAUUGGGCAGUCUUGUUUACCUUCUCCUGGGAACACAUGUCUGCCUGCCUCAGCCAGCAGAGCAGCUUCAAGUUCGGCAGCUCCGCCCCCUGCUGAUAGACCCGUAUCAUCUAUCACUGGUGAUUUUCUUAAGGAAGGUGGUAACUGGGAGAGUUACACACUGCCGCAUUCCAGUAGUGGCCUCAAACUACCAUCUCAGAUGCCUCAUACGGAGUUUGAAACUGACAAAGAGCUUGCUGAUACUGUUCGCCAUCUCGGAUCGUCCCUGCCUAGGCGGACAAAGCACUUUUCGGGAAAGCUGUCAUCUAACAAUGAGGAUGACACUGGUUUAUUUCCAACCUCAGAAGGGUGUGUCACUGAAGAGCCACUUCCACCUGAAGCGGGUUCGUCUGCUUCCCUUACAGAAGGGAAUGCUGGUGAACAGAGCAGUGGCGUGGGAGGCACACGGAAGGGAAACCUGGAAUCCUCUCUCCUUAAUGGGGAUAGAGGCUCGAAAGCUAAAGAGCAGCAUCUUAAGCACGCUGCAAAAGUGUUGAAUGGUGAGUCAGAGGCUUCAGUUCUCAGCCACCGUGAAUUAAGUCCUCACAAGAACAGACUCUUAUCACCUCUUCGCUGUUCUGCACCAACGUCACUCCAUAAUUCUCUGGCGAAACCACAGAGACAGUCCAAAUGUUUUGAGUCUGGGAGCCUCCAGUCUUCUGCUUCACAAAACGUGCUUCGGUCAUUGGAUGUUCGAAAUAUAACUGAUUCUUCUUUCUCUAGGACUACUCGCUUUCGAGCCGUUAAAGUUGAUUCAACUGGUAAAAGAUCUGAUAUUAUUUCUAAAGUUGAGGCUCGGGAUAUCACAGAAAUGGCUAACAGGGCAUCCAAAGAGCCUGUGGGUUUUGUAAAUAAUAUAGGUUUUCUUGCUUCGCUGGCCCGGAGUGCAAGCAGAGACAGCUUACAGAGUGCACGUGGGGCAGGCAGGCUGCGGACCUCUGGAAUUGGGCUGUCUACAAACCUCCAGCAUUUUCAGGAAGAGAGCCUUAGGAGAAGUUCUCCUCAGUUAGAAACUACAGAAUUUUUUUUAUCUGCCCGUGGUAUUGGAAUGAAUGGAAAUAAUACAACAUCAGGGAAAAGAGUAGGAGAAUGUACUCAUCACCUCCCACCUGUGAAAGCCCCUGUUCAAACAAAGAAGACAACAAAGCAUUGUUUCCUUUGUGGAAAGAAAACUGGACUGGCUACUAGCUACGAGUGCAGAUGUGGAAGCAACUUCUGUGCAUCUCAUCGGUAUGCAGAGACUCACAGCUGCACCUAUGAUUACAAGAGUGCAGGGAGGAGAUACUUACAGGAGGCAAAUCCUGCGGUCAACACACCGAAGCUUCCGAAAAUCUAACUCUUGCUCUGCGCCUCACUGUUUUGCACAAGGAGCCGCAUUACAGUGACAGAGGGGAUGUUGUUUAGACGACUCCCAAAGACUUGCCAAAUAACAAAAGCUUAUUAUGUACCCUGUUGGAGAGUGAGAAAACUACUGUAUUUGACACCUUUAUUCUUUGGUGAAUCAAAAGUUUAAAAAGUGGUUUCAAACCGUUCGAAUGAUGUAGCUCUGUCGUUACAGGUCUUGUGUUCAGUGUUGUGUACCCGAUAUUGCAGUCUCACUAGAGAAGUCUUCAAGAGAUGCACUUUAGGAAGCUAGCAUUGACUGUGUAGCCAGCUUCCAUGUUGCACAGAAAUGAGCUGUCAUGUAAUGGCUCUACUCAAAUCUACAGUUUUUUUGUGGGGGUGGUGUGGGUGCGACUUAAAAAAAACCUAUACGUGAAAGUUCAUUGAGUUUACUGGCAAGUUCCUUUUUAUGUCAAGCUUUUUAUAAAGAAGAACAUUUGGUUUUCCAGUGUGGUUUUAACACAUGUAUUUCUUCUAUAUUCAGACUGGCGUUUGGAUAUGUCUCCAUUCUACAGUACAAAACACAUCAUGUUAAUCAUAGUAUAUCUCUCUUAAAAUACUGCUUUUUGAAUGGUAGUCCCAUUUGUUGCCAUUAAAUAGAGAACCCAACUUUUCACUUUUUGAAAAAUGAGUAUAUUGAAAACAAAAU